CCACAGAAGAUGGCCCAGUUUAACCUGUCUACAGUCUGCCUGCUGCUGGUCUUGGCUGUCAGUCUCUUCACUCUGCAAGCAGAGUCAGCCUGUUGCACUAAAUACUCAAGAGCUGAACUUCCAAAGAGCCUCAUUAAGGGAUUCUCAGUCCAGAACAUUGGACUAUGCAACAUCAAUGCAGUUAUUUUCCACACACGAGGAGGCAGAAAGGUGUGUGCUGACCCUGCAAAACCCUGGGUGAUGGACAUGAUCCAGGAGCUGAGAUCCACAGUAGAAAGCAUGUCAAGCCAAACCCAGGGACAGUGAUGUCACUCUUCUUAGACCCUCUGUAGCUGUAGGAGGACCCAACAGCUGAA